CGCACAUGUGCGCACACCAGAGCUUGGCAGCCCACAGCGUCCAGCACCACCGGCAUGACACUGGACUGAAGCACUGCACGCCGGCUGCACCAGUUUGUUAAAAUCCUUCAGCACAACCAUGCCCAUUCUCAAGCAGCUCCCGGGGAGGUCCAAGAGUUGCCAUGAGUUCCCCAGAUCGAACGGGGAGCUCAUCCUGCCCAGACUGGACCUGGACCUGAAAGACCUGAAUGAUCUGAAUGACCUGAAGGAUCUGAAGGACCUGAACCCCUUUGAGGAAGUGGAUCUUGAGGACGAGCAUAAUGAAGGCGAUUUGGGCCUCAUCAUGGGGGAGGUCCGGGGCGCCCUACAGCACAGGACCUCCCGUGACGGCGAGGAGGAAGAGAACGAGGUGAACGCCGAGAGGCACGGGGCGGGGAACCCUAAAGGGAGGCCCCUGAAGGGGACUCUGGAGCGGAUCUGCGGUGUGUCACCCCUCAAGACCCUUGGGAAAUUGGGGAAGGGGCUUCGCAUGUCUGGACGCAAUGUGUGGGGGACAAGCCCCUCCCAACGGAGCCCCCCGCCGGAGCUCAGCUCGCCCCCACCAGAGAGAGAGAGGAAGAAAGGAUUACGCAGGAGCUCUGAGGGAAUUAUGACGCUGCUACGCAUCACCGGUCGCCGUAAGCAGGAGCGUAGAGAAAGCCUGCCCUGUGGGGACCUAAGCAAAGAUAGCGAAGCCGAGGCUCAUCAGCGGCUGUCCUUCCUCAAGAUGGUAAGCCUGGGCAAACUAAAGAGGGAAUCUAUGUCAGACCGUGGUUCCCAAGAGGCCGAGGAGGAAACAGUGGAGGAGGAGCCGGCAGUCAAAAGCAGAGAGCCACUCUCAGUGUUGGAGAUCCUACAGUUGGUGAACCACAGGGACCUCCUCCUGGCAGACACACACAUUCAGGAGCUGGAGCGAGAGUGUGAGCUGCUGUCCCUACUACCCACCACACCCAACCCCGCCCUCACACCAACCUUUGCUCCCAGCACACCUAAUAGUAUGAUCCCCUUAACAACUCCACCUCUGGACAGCACGUCCAGCUCCAAUGCCACUCUGGACUCGAGCCGGCGAAAGGCAAAGGAUGUGGAGCUGCUGUAUGAAGCCCUGCAGAAGGAGAUGUGGGACGUGGUGAGGGAGUCCCUCCGCCAGCCAAGCGCUGGUCCCAACCUCGGUCUGGUAGUGCUGGUCAUCCAGCAGGAGGAACAUGCCGAUGCCGCCUGGGCUCUGAGAGAGGAAACCAAGCCGCAGCCGGAAAGCUCCCAGAACCAACCCAGCCAUCGCCCCCGACAGCUAAAGUUGAAGUGGAGGCAGGCUGUGGCGGAGGCCGCAGACUGGAGUCUGCCACAUCAGGUGGACACGCAGGCAGGCCAGCUGGCCUCCUACCUGGAGCGCCUGAGGAGUCGAAUGGUAGACGACCUGGACGCAGCGCGGAGGAAUGCUGUGUCCAUUUACCCCGAGGAGUUUGCUGCUUUCCAGGUCUACUUAGAGAGUUACCAUCGGGCCGUAACUAAACGGCUUCGUACAAUAACCAGUGGUCCGCUGCAGAUUACCGAUGUCUAUUCACUGCUGGACUGGUUCUACAACAUCUACAACAGGGAUGUCCUGGGCACCAUCAGCACCUCCAUGGCCAUCAACUAUGCCUCACUUGAACCUAUUUUGGCUCAGGAUACAGUAGACAGGCUGGAACAAGACUGCCUCGACAUUGUCAUGGAGAAGGUGUCCAUUGAGCUGAUUCAGGUCUUGGAUGAAGAGGAGAGGCGAUGGGCCCAGACACUGCACAUAGAAGAAUAUCAGUCUAGCCUUGCACGCUCUGUCAUCCAGAGGCUGAAGGUAGACCUAGACAGAUCCACUUCGGUGAGCCAGUUUCUUGGGGCCAGAGUGGCUCGCUGCAGUCUCAUAGGCCUGGCUAACUUUCUCUAUAGCUUCCAGAGAAAAGUAGAGAUGUUCCAUGAGACUCAGGCGGAAUUUGGAGAUCGAGGGGAUGGAUAUGUUUCCAGAACCAUAGCUCUCGUUAACUGCUGCCCUCCUCUCAGGUCAUUUGUGCAGCGCUGCAGGCAGUGUGACCCACAGGGCAGCGAGGAGAUGGCACAGAGGGCAAACUCUUCCCUGGACCGGAUCGUCAACCAGUCAGUGAGAGUCCUGACCGACAGACUGUUUGAACACAUCAGGCCCUUUUUCGACAAACUGAUAAAGAGGAAAUGGCUGAACAACACAGAGGCCUUUGAGGCCAUUGAGGCCAGCAUCAAACAGCACUUCAAAAAGUUCAAGAGGAUGGACUCUCCACCGUAUCAGAGCCUGGUGGGCGAGGUGCACAGACGGGUCUUGGUGGAGUACGUCCGAGCCAUCAUGCGUGGACGAAUUAUUUGCACGUCCUUGAAGAUGAGGAAGAGGAUGGCUUUCCGUCUGCAGGAUGAAGCCAAACAGCUGAAGGGACUCUUUAAGGAUCUAGAAUCAGGCUCCUCUUGGUUGGACAGCAUCCUGUGCCACUUAGCUGACAUCAUUCUCCUGGAGGACACCCCCUCCAUUCAGAUGGAGGUUGCAGUUCUGGUGAAAGAGUUUCCUGAUAUAAGGAAGAAGCACGUCUCCACCCUGCUGAACGUGCGAGGAAUGAUGCGGCAGGCGGAACGGCAGGAGAUCCUGAACGUUGUCAAAGACUUUGAGUGCAACACCGCCCUCGUGUGCCGGGACCACGCUCUCUUCUCCGACAUCCCCCUUCCCUCGGAGGUGCACUGCAUCAGCCUCGGCCUUCUCCGCCUCGCCAUGACCGUCACCAACUGGUUUUCGGAGAACCGGCCCAGGCGACGCCGCGGGACCAAAGCCAAGAACGCUGCACCCGAAUCCCCAGAGUCUCAGACCACAGAGGACAUGAAUAAAGUUCACAUGGAAGACUAGCCAGUGAAUCUGAUAAACAUCCGGUGUGGAUAUUUUAGUUUUUAAGGAUAAACAGGGAAAUCUAAAGCAACACAGGGGAGCAAACACAGAAGAUGCUGUGAAAAUGCUGAUGAGAUGUACAUGCACCUUGACAAAAAGAAUGGUUGUACCAAAUAUUUCAAAGCCGCUAACAGAAAAAAAUGAAUAAAGAAACUUGACCUCAGGUACUUCCCAUACUGUACACGCUCACUGAAACACAAAACCUUCCUCCGUCUCCAAACAAUUGCUGCCGGUGUGCAUUUUUAAUUGAAAUGUGAAACAGACUGUGUAUUGCUGAUGAAAGUCUGUGUAAAAAUAUGCGUUGUGGAUUGUAAUGAUUUGUGUCGAUAUACAUAUACGGCUAUAAAAAGUCAACAAAUUAUAUUUUAUGUACAUUUUAUGUAUGUAAGGUCUUGAGAGUUUAUGCAUCUAUAUAAUUGUGGACUCUACUGUUAGCAGGUGCAAUGCAAUAUGAUCUAUAGCAUGAUAAGCUGUAUGACGUGUAUUUACAUAGUAGGUCAUGUAACUCCGUAGUUAGCUCACAGUGUUGUGGAGCCCACACAGCCUUCAUCUGCUCCUUGGCUAGCAAUACCGUUCUCUGGUAUUCGAUGUAGUGCAUACGUUUGUGAGGAUAUACUUUAUGCAACUUGUAAAUGUUCUGAACUCUCACUGUGAAGGAAAAUGUUGCUGGAAACUAAAUAAACACCCAUUGAUUGGGUCAA